AAGCAAUUUUCUCUCUCGGAGACAUUAAGGGAAAAGGAAAGUUUUGUACAGAGGUGGCGUGCGGUGGUUGAUGGCCAGAACCAAUAACAACAAGUAUACUUCCAUUAACUUCAAUCAUAUCUUAGAGAAGAACGUCACCACCGCUUCAACCGCCAACCCCGGCAAAGCCAACUAUCCUCAGAACCCACAACAACACCCGUCCUCUUUUUCUUCUUCGUAUUCUUCCAUCUCGUCGCCAUCCAACGCCAAGACCCAUGGUCGGAUGCUCGUUCUGAUUCGACCCACGACCAAGCCACUCACUGUAACCCCGCCUCUGUCCCCAUCUGCAGAGGCACAACGGCAUCAACAAACCGAGCAAGUGCAACACCGGUUAUUUCCAGAUCAAGCACCGAAAGGUUUGGCUUCGGAUCAGAUUUCUUUGCGUCCUCUUAGUCGAACUGGUUCAGGUUUGUGCGCCGCAUCUGAGGCCGGGAUUUGGGGAGAGAGGAGAGGCCUGGACCUGAGGUGCCUCGAGGCAGGUAAUCAAUCCAGAGGCAUUUUGGGUCGCCUAGUCAAAAUGGGGAAAAUGGGCGGCCAAAGUCCAGUGAGCAUGAGAGAAGAGAGAAAGGUUACGAGGCACAUCUGGGAUUAAUGAUGGGUCGACCUAGAUCCAGUGGCAGUCGCCCCAGUUCUAGUGGAUGGUAUGCACUUUUUCUUCCUUUACUUUAUUAUCAUUGUUACUUCUUACCGAAUCCAGUUUGUUUUUGUUAUUCUGAUGUCCAUUUCUGAAUUGUCGGGUCCAUUUAGUUGCUCCAUUUUUACAGAUUAGUUCUUUUGGUUGGAUAAUGUAAUUGCAACAAACUAGGUAGCUCCUU